UUGAAUAAUAUGGCAAGCAGAAUUUGUUCUUGAUUAUUUCUUCUUGAAUAAUAUGGCAAGUAGUUACGUAACUACUAUCUACUAGAUAAAUGGUGAUGCUGGUUUACGGAGGUCUAUUAACCUUUCGUCUUCCUGAUUGUCCUGCAGUGGCACAACUCACAACUAAGAUCAAGCAUUUGCCUUCAGUUUUACACAAAAAGGAUAAGCACUCUCUUAAGGGUCUUCAAGCAAUGGUGCAGAGGCGGAAGAGAUUAUUGAAGUAUCUUUGGCGGAGUGAUUGGGUUUCUUACUGCCUUGUUCUCUCCAAACUUGGCCUUCGGGACACACCAGAUUACAAACAAGAAUACAAGAAACAUUACAAGAACUAGCCCCCAUCCUCAUUAUUGUUGUCUCUAUUUCUUCAGCCUUUUGUAUAUCAAAAGGUAACUGUAAACCUUCAUCAUGCCCCAAGUAAUGUUUCUGCCACAUACUGGAGUAGCUCAUGUGUGUUUCUUAGCAACUACAUCCAAUCCCAUUCCGGCUUCAAGCUUGCCAAGCAAUUCAGCUCGUUGCUGCUACUUUGGUUCAGGGAAUCCAGAUACAACUAAAACAUAGCACCUCAAAUUAUACACAAGCUAAAUCAUAUAUGACAUUAGUUGUGCUGAUGUUGUAAC